AUGGAGGACUCUUCAACUGUUGUUACUCCUCAAACACAAGAGGUGUACUCCAGUUUGACAGGAACGAUGCUUCAUAAUUUUCAAUCUUUUUCAGUCAGAGCUCAAAUACUCGGAGGAACUGUUCUUGCAUCACUAUCGGAUGCUUCAGGCGGAGUUAUGCGGGGUGCCCCACAGGCUCCUCUUUCUGCUCAUGGACAACAUCAAACUUCUUCCUUGGUCUCGCAGGCUUCCCCUCAAUUUGCUCCAGCCCCUCAAUCUGCCUUAAUCUCCCAGGCAUCUUCUUCUAAUCCUCGUGGCAAUGUUCCUAGUAAAGAGUCAUGUAAUCGGGGACGGGGCAAGGCUGAACAUGUCUGUUCAUUCUGUGGGAAGCAUAAUCAUCUUAUUGAGGAUUGUUUUAUCCUUCAUGGUUGUCCAUCACGCAGUCACAAUCCUCCUGGUGCAUUUUCAAGCAUGCAUGUCUACCCAUCAUUUGGUGGUUUGGCUUCUGUAUCUGGUUUAGCAUCUCUCCCUAAAUCUAGUGCACCUACCACUAUGCCUCCUAUUGUGCCUCUCCCAUCACAAUGUGGAGAAUGA